CUUUAAAUACGUUGGAAUUUGCGAUAGCAUCGAAAAGGGAGGAACUGUAUGACCGCAGAUAACGUCAAACCCGGUUGAUAUUGACUGACGGACCGCUGCGGUAUAUUCGUGUGAGUGGAGGUUAUGAAAGAGGACAAGAGAGAAAAGUAACAGAAAUUCGCGCAGAAAAAUAAAACUAUGGCAGGUGAGGGAGAGAAAGAAAAACAAAAAUCCUUCAAGCUCCUGGGGAUCCUGGACAUCCAGAACACUCCGUGUGCUCGGGAAGCAGUCCUGCAUGGCUCAGUCGGCUCACUCUUCUCUGGAUUGUCCCACUUUUUAGCAACAAGCAGAGUCAGGAGAUCCUUUGACAUUGGCGUAGCUGGCUUCAUGCUGAUAACUCUGGGAUCUUGGUUCUACUGCAGGUACAGCAACGCGAAGCUUCGUGUACAGCAGAGGCUCAUCCAGGAUGGCAUGAAGAACAAGGUCAUGUACGAAGGCACGAGCCUGGACCCGACCCGGAAGCAGAACGGCGAGGACAGGCGCAGCUCCUGACCUGGCCCCCACCCCUCUCGCACUGCCCGGAGAGCAGUUCCUGGUCCUCAACAAGCACAAGAGCCGCAUGGAGACGUGAGGUCCAUCUGCCACUAAUGUUCGGCAAAAUUUAUUUAUAUUGUGUCCGCAGACGUCAAUCGUGAGACAAAGCAUGUGGUAUUAAAUCCAUUUCAGGGGAACAAUUUCUUAACUUUUUUGGGCUGUUUUAUUGUCGGGUUUUAAGUGAUGUGUUUUCCUUCUAAAUUUGAAGGGCGAUGUUUAAAAAUAAAAAGACAAUUCUGUGACCAUAAAUCCAAGUCCUGUGGCAGUAAAUUGCUGCUCAGUAGUACGAGAUCAGGGGGUUCUGUAAAAGACAGUGGGUGACAUGAAAGGAUAAUGUGUUUAUAACCCAAUGUUUUAUAUUUCUUCUUCAUAUUUUGGAAAAGAAAGAGUGGUGUACCUGUAGAUCCUCAUGGGAAAUUAGUCAGAAUUUGAAUAUAUUAUUCUACCACUAGGUGACACUCUUGUCCAUGAUUGACAUUGUUCUUCUGAAAAGGUCUUUGACACGUAAAAAACAGUGCCAAACAGUUUUUGCCAAAGUGCCAAACAGUGCCCUCACACCUGAAGAGGCUCCAUGGCCGAAACGUUGUGUUCUCUUUCUUCUUCUUUUCAGCAUGGAAUAAACCUAUUAUUUGUUCCUUUGCACGUAAAACAGUACUGCUGAGAUACGUUCAGAUAUUCUUUUGUGUUUUCGAUUGUAUCGUUUUAUUUGAAAGAAAGAAACAACUCAGAAUCCUAAUGUUAACACGAUCACGUCUCUGGAAAGUGGCUUGUGACUGACUGCCGUAAGAGUGUACUGGCAGACAGUUCUCACCUGAAAGCUGGGACCCCCUGCAGAACAGCACCCUGCUGUCUUCAUGGGGCGGCGCUGAUUUGUGAUUUCUAGUGAAGGAGGAAGAGCGCUACUUAUUAGCUCAACAGCUGCAGGAUCACCACUGGCUCUCUAUCAGACCCCAGCUGUGCUGUCUGAGGUCAGCAGAGAUCAUGCUUCAGGGAGAGCUGACGGCUUGUGCAUUACUGCUGAGGUUAGAAAUACUACAGUAUAGAGGAGAUGCAUUGCAACAUGGUUUACAGUGAGGAAAAUCUUAUUUUAUUAAAAACCAUAUUUAUAUUACAGUAGAUAUAAACAUAGACCAGAAACGAACAUACACACAGACAGUAUAUUACAUAUAUCGUUUUUAAAGUACAGUAUAAAUACAAAAGGAAUAGCACUGGAAGAGAGAAGCCAAAGCACUGAAAGAAAGCUCAGCCAAAAGAGUGCCUUCUGCUGGCAGCCUUUUCAGUUUGUAUGUCAUUUUGAUGCAGUCAGUGUGGUUUGAUACCAUACGUUUUUAACACGUAAUUAGAUCUUAGUUCCACCUUUCUGCUGGUGACGAGUACGCCAGCGACUCCUGUGUUAAGUGCUGCUGUGCAGCAGGGUGGGUCAGUUGUGUUGCUCACACCAGUCCCUGGGCUGUUAUGUUGAUGGUGUGUCUAGCACGUGCUGCCCUGUGGACAACAGGUAACCUUUCAGAGAUUCCUUGCACCUGUGUGCUGUUAGAACCUGUGACCGGUGGUUGUAAAGGAUUUUUGAAGAGGAUUUUGUCUAUAUAUAUACACACACCUAAUGAGGAGUAUCUCACAAUAAUAAAGUUUAUUUAAACUUGAA